CGUUAACUGAUUAUAUUCAAUAUUUUUGAAAAAAUAAAUUAAUGAUAUAAUCGAAAAAAUAUUUUUAAGAUCUAGAAGAAUUUUUAAACUCUUCGCUAUAAUCUCACUAGAUUCUCCAUAUUUUUCAGAAUUACAAAUUAAUUGGAGAUAAAUUUGCAUCAGGCUUAUGUUCUGCUUUAGCAAAGUGCACUAAUCUCUCAAAAUUGAGACUUGAUCUUUGUGUAAAUUAAAUUGAUGAUAGUGCACCAGACUUAGGUUAUGCUUUAGCAAAGUGCAAUAAUCUCUCAAAUCUGACACUUGAUCUUAGCUACAAUUAAAUUCAUGCAAUUGCUGCAUAAGGCUUAGGUUCUGCUUUAAAAAACUGUACAAAUCUUUCAUAUUUAAUGCUUAAUCUUCGUGGAAAUUAUAUUGGAGCAAGUGGUGCAUCAGGUUUAUGUUCUGCUUUAGCAAACUGCACUAAUAUCUAAAAUUUAGCUCUUAAUCUUUGUGGAAAUUAAAUUGGUGCAGUUGGUGCAUCUGGAUUAGGUUCUGCUUUAGCAACGUGCACUAAUCUCUCAAAUUUGAAACUUGAUCUUAAUGACAAUGAAAUUGGUAGUGAAGGUAUAUCAAGUUUAGGUACUGCUUUAUUAAACUGCUCUAAUAUCUAAAAUUUGACACUUUAUCUUCUUGGAAAUAAAAUUGGUGCAAUUAAUGUAUCAGGCUUAGGUUUUGCUUUAUCAAAUUGCUGUAAUAUCUUAAAUUUGACACUUGAUCUUUGUGGAAAUUUCAUCGAUGUAAUUGAUCUAUCAGGCUUAGGUUUUGCUUUAGCAAAGUGCACUAAUCUCUCAAAUUUUACACUCGAUCUUAGUAGAAAUUAAAUUGGUGAAAAAUGUAUAUCAGACUUAGGUUCUGCUUUAUCAAACUGCUCUAAUUUAUCAAAUUUAACACUUAAUCUUAGCUGCAAUUAAAUUGGUGAUAAAGCAGCAUCAGAUUUAGGCCCUGCUUUAUCAAAGUGCACUAAACUCUAUAAUUUGACACUUAAUCUUAGUGAAAAUUAAAUUGGUGAUAAAGGUUCAUAAGACUUAGGUUCUGCUUUAGCAAAAUGCACUAAACUCUCUAAGUUGACCCUUACUCUUAGUUUUAACGAAAUCAAUGAAUCAGAAGAAUUUAAAAAUAUACCGUAAUUACUCAUUAAUUAAGGCAACCUUUAAUUAAGGCUAUUUUAGAAAAUUUUUGGCUAAGAAAAUUUUAACCCAUAUUUUUUUAAAUCCUAAAAAUAAUAGUAAAACAAAAAAAACUUUAUUAUAUAUUUAGAUAUAUUUUAUAGAUUAUAUUCAACAAUAUUAAUGAUUUUUAUGUAGUAAAAUUUUUAGAUUGAAGACAUAGAUUUAAUUAAAUAAAAAAUUAAAAUAUGA